GCGAGCCAGGCGGGUUCGCGCUCGCGGCUGAGUGCUGAGCUGUUUGAGCCUUGGUCUCCGCAUCGCCUCACGGUUCCCGCAAGCGCUGACGCGAGGUCCCUUCGCCUCUUCUGCGCCCAGUUUCUCCUCAUCGGCCCCUCCUGGCAGUGUGUAAUUUAUUUUGGUGGUGCUGGGAUCGAGCCCAGCCUUGUGCAUGCUGGGCAAAUGUGCCAGGACAGCGUCACAGACAGUUUAAUGUUCUGCACUUGUCACUGACCAAGAUUGAAAACUGAAAGAGGCCUUAAUUGUUUAAUGCCUUUGUCGCUGGCAGCUGGAGAUACUGAGCCAAGAGAGGCCAAUUUCCCCAGCAAAUGCUUUCUCAGGCUUUUCAAGUUUCCUGAUUCUUUCUGUGAGUCUCGUCACUUGUAAUCUUUACCACCAGCUGUGGUUAACCUGCUGCUAACAGAGAAGGUCAACAAGGGGAAGAUGGCAAAUCUACAAAUGAAAGAGGCAGCCCUUGUCUAUCUAGACAGAAGUGGAGGCCUCCAGAAGUUUAUGGGCGACUGCAAGUACUACAAUGAUUCAAAACAAAGUUACGCUGUCUAUCGGUUCAAUAUUUUAAUAAAUCCCUGUGAUGUUGUCGAAUUAGAUGCUGAACUUGGAAAUCACGUUUUACACCAUCCCUUAAAAGCUGCUCAAGUUUUUCAAUCAGUCUGCUUUGUCGCUGUUAAGACUCUCUCAUUAAUUGGACAGUUGCAGACUGAAACUCAAAUCAAUAUUAUACUGAAGUUAACACACUUGCCUCCCCUGCCAAGUUAUAAUCUUGAUAUUUGUGAGUUUCCACUUAAUUAUACAUCUCAGAGGUUUUACAUGAUGCAAGGAAUUGUGAUCGCAAUGACAACCGUAACCAAGUACACGCAAGGUGCAAGAUUCCUCUGUUCAGAUGAAGCAUGCCCUUUUUCAAAAGGAUUUCAGUAUAUAAGAGUCCAUGUACCUGGUGCUACUGAAUCUGCAACAGUAAGAAAUGACUUUUUGUGCAAUCUGUGUUCAUCUCCACUUCAAGAAGACAGAAAAUUUAGAGUACUUGGUGAUAAACAGAUAGUUGAAAUAAUUACCACAAAAGUGCUUCAUGCUUUUCAAGGAGAUUCUAAAAGCCAGCCAUUUAGGUUUCAAUCACUCAGUGUUUUUCUAAGAGAUGAGCUAGUGAAUAAAAUGAAAAUAGGAAAUGAAUAUAAAAUUAUUGGAAUUCCCGUCUGUGUCAAAACAUCACAAACUGCUCUCUGUGUAGAAGCAAAUAGCAUCACUCCUUACACAGCAAAAGUUCCUUCAGGAAUCAGUGACAACUUCAGGUGUCUCCACUCCCUGACUUCCAGCUCAAACUGGAAAUUCACAGCAAUACUUGCCAACAUCUUUGCAUCACAGAUUGUUCCUCCUGGGACUUACAAUCUGCUCAAACUGUGUUUGCUGAUGAGCCUAGUACAGACAAGAGACUGCAGUAGGAAACCAGAAGACUGCUUGGAUAUUUUAAUUAUAACCAGUGACACUCUGCUUGUAGACAGGCUCUUGAAUUUUAGCAUGAAUCUUGUCUCACGCGGUAUACAUCAUCCUGUCUUGACUGAAGUUUUUCCAACUGUGUCCGGAAAUAAAUAUGGAACUGGAGCAGUAAGCGUUCAAGCUGGUAGUGCUUUGCUAGCUAAGGGUGGUAUCUGCUUCAUAGGAGACCUGACAGCACAUAAGAAAGAUAAACUUGAACAGCUCCAAUCAGUUUUGGAGAGCAGAAGCAUUUCAGUGUUCAUCCCAGGAAAGAAGUUUGGGGAUGAUAUUGAUCAGCAAAUGACUUUUCCCAUUCAGUGCAGUUUUUGGUCUUUUGUUGAUAUGGAUUCACCUUCAAAGAGAAAUUUGCAGAAAACCAGUACUCUGAUUGGUCAGAUGGACUGCAGUUUGAUUCCAGCUCACCUUGCAGAGGCAUUUGGAUUGUUGAUUCACUGCAAUGACUCAUCUCCUUGCCACCCACUUCUCCCUACUGUGCAGCAUACUUUAAAGAAAGCGAUGGAUCCUGAGGGCCUGCUGUAUUUAGCCUCCAAACAGUUCACAACUGAAGACUUUGAAAAGCUACUGGCUUUUGCAAAGAAUUUGAAUAUGGAAUUCAGCUUGGAAGCAGAAAGAAUGAUUCAUGGCUAUUAUCUAGCAAGUCGCAGAGUCAGAACAGAUUCUGUACAUGGAUCAAAGUUGUCAGCAUCUGCAUUAAAAUACUUAGUUUCUUUAUCUGAAGCUCAUGCUAGACUGAAUUUAAGGAACAAAGUGCUCAAAGAAGAUGUGCUCAUUGCAGCCUUAUUGUUUGAGCUAUCUCUCACAUUGAAAUACGGGGCCACUGCAUUUUGCGUUGCUCCCAAUGCAUUAUUUCCAUUUGAACUAUAUAACGAAGACUAUUUAGAGCGAAGAGAUCUCUACCUCACUCAAUGCCAACAGCAACUGCAACAAUUCAUUGCCACAUAUGGACCUGGGACAACCAUCUUUUCUAGUGAUGAAUAAGCAAUUUAAGGAAGACCUCUUUUCAUGCCUCUAUAAGCCUUGGUUAAAUGACUGGAAGAAUGCUUCAGAUGUGUGUAAUCUCAAGGUUACCUAUUAGAAUGUCAUUAGGAGUAUGAAAUGUGGCUUUUAAAUACAAAUAUAUA